AAAUCUCUUCUUCUCUUUUGCUUCUUCCCAAAUCUUUCCUGCCAUGAAGGAUCAGUUUCCCAAGAUGGCAAGUUACAUACAGAAGGAAUUGCCAUCUUGUCUUCAUGGAAUGACAAGAAGUACUGAGUGGUUGUCUGAUCCAAUCACUUGGGAUGGUGAUGGUGAUGGUGCAAGAUCUUCAUCCCCGUCAUCGGAGUGUAGUUCCUCAGCAGGCAAUGCUACUGUUGUGUCUUUGAACAAUAACUCUGCUGAAUUCUCCACUCAUGUUAUGGUACCAGAACAAGGAUGCAGGGUAUUUGCUUGUGCUGGUUCUAUAUCAAGCUCUGUAAGCCCAAGUGGAGCUGAUAUUGAUCAAAGCUUCAUCCCUGUAAACUUUAUAGAAACAUUCCCCCAAUUGGCAAAAGUCUCUCAACCAUCUUCACUUCCAUCUUCAUCUCUAACUGCAUCAAACCACCCAAAUUUAACUCUGUUUUUGCAGGAACCAACCACCAUAGAGACCAGCAAACAUAUUUCCAACACACUUGGCAAGGAUCAGAGCUAUCAACCCAUGUCAUCCUCACAGAAUCCAUUGCUCUCUGCCCAUGAUUUUCAUCAGAUUCAGCUCCAAUCAGGGAUGGAAUGGCUCAAGAUCAAUAAGAAUUUAAUGAAUUGUACUUCGAAAGGCCUCACUGACCAUUGGCUUGGAGUCAGCAACACACAGCCGAUGAAGUGCACUGGAAAAGGAAUUCAAGAUCAUCAUCAGAGGACUUCAUCAUCUUCAUCUCCAGGUAAACUGUUUAGGGGUGUAAGGCAAAGGCAUUGGGGGAAGUGGGUUGCAGAGAUCAGAUUACCAAGAAAUAGGACAAGGGUGUGGUUGGGGACCUUUGACACAGCUGAGGAAGCUGCUUUCGCAUAUGACACCGCCGCUUACAAGCUAAGGGGGGACUAUGCACAUUUGAAUUUCCCAGACCUCAAACAUCAACUCAAGGCCAAUUAUUCUCAUGGUAGCACUGCAGCUCUCCUGGAAGCAAAGCUACAAGCAUUCAAUGACCAAAAGAAAGCCACUAACAUACCACUACCCCCUUCGUCGCCAAAGAAACGUGUAUGUCAGAGUUCAAGCCUCAAAAUCUUGAACCAAAAGCCGACGAGAAAAGAUUGUUCAUUCGAUUUGGAGAACAGAAUUGUAUCUGAAGUAGUUGAGACCAAGAAGACUCAGGAGUUAUCAGACAUGGAUGCAGUUCUUUUGAGUAGAAUGCCUUCCUUGGACAUGGACAUGAUCUGGGAUGCCCUUCCAGUAUCUGAUUCAUGACAAGAGUGUCAAGUUUUUUUCAGUUUCAAAUUUCAAUUAUUGAAUAUGAUACAGAAGUAUGUUAAACUGGAUUGAGAAUUAUAGUAAGACCCAUCAGACCAUUUGAGAUCAGAUAAAUCUUCAAAUGGGUUUUCCUUUUUUCAUAGUAUAGCUCAAAUUCCAUAAGUAGGAAGCCCAUGAAUUUUACUUUCUCCAUAGAUGUCCAGAUUUUGGAUCUCUGCUUUCUGCUUUUCUUUAAUUUUUUAUUGCCUCAAGGUGGCCUUUUGAUGAA